AUGAGUCCGAAACUUCUCUCGAUGAGUCUGGAGAAAUGCAUUUUGUAUAUUCCCGUCACUAACUGCCAAAAGUGCUUGGAUGAGUCUGAAUUCAUGAGAGAUGGAUCUUUCGGGUGCACUUUUUAUAAAAUUACUGAAAAAGGCUAUGACUUUUCAGUAAAGUUAGAUCUGGAUAUCUUCGCUCAGUACAUGACAGAAAUUAAGGCUGUGACUGAGAUAAGCACAUCUGAAAAUUAUACGCCCCAAGAAAAGAAUAUAAUAGAUGGAAUAACAGAAAUUAUCAACAAAAAUAAGAAGCUUUCCAAACCACCAGUACAUCCAGUAGAAGCUUCUUUAUCGUUAUUCUAUGACUUGUCAGAAAGUCAGUAUACAACUACCUCUCUACUAUGA